UAAGUCCAGAGGAGAGAUCCUUCAGGGGGUGAGAGAGAGGCAUAUCUGUAUUGCAAAUAAAAAUAAUUACAACCACCAACCAAAUAAAAAAAAGUAACAGCCAAGAGAAAAAAAAAAACACUUUCAAUCAAGGACUUUGGAAAUCAGAGAUCACAGAAAUUAUACUAAUAGCAAGGAGGAAAAAAGAGGCGAGAAAUCCAGCGACCAUGGGCCAGCCUGACUUCCUAGUGUGUACUUUCUGUUCUCUCUCCUUUUUCCCAAGGUAAUUGCAGUCUGCCGAGAGGGAGUUAAAUGGGAUUAAAAGAUCUGUGUAAGCAAAAGGACCCAGAAGAGAAGGAGGAAGGAGUGAGCCGUCCGGGCCAGGGGGUGUCUUUGACACAGCUGAGCCCCUUAGAGAGGCAGAGCGCUGAGCUCCUGGGAAGGAUGUACCCGCAAACCAGCCUGUCCCCCUUUUUCUGAUGGAUUGCUGCAAAAAUUGCCCGAAAGAGACAAUGCACUAAACGUGAUGGAGCCGGAAUCAGAGCCGGUCUCCAGACUCAGAGCUACCGCGGCAGGCAGGGGGGGACUCUGCUUUCUCUGGACUGUUUUAUGUUUUACCUGGUUCCUGGGAUUCACACAGGGAAGUUCUGAAGAUGUGGAUGUUCUUCAAAGACUUGGCCUGGCAGGGAAGAAACCAUCGAACGGGUGGUCCUUGUCACGUGCAGUUCCUCAGGGGGUCAUUCCUUUCAAAUCGGGGGUCAUCUUCACUCAGCGAGCACGUAUCGAAGCACCAGUCAGCACCAUCUUCCCCAGGGGCUCCAGCACUGACCUGGUCCUGGUGUUGAGCCUGUGCUCCCACCGUAUUAACAACGCUUUUCUCUUUGCUGUCAAAAGUAAAAAGAAAAAACUGCAACUCGGGGUCCAGUUUGUCCCUGGGAAGAUUAUUGUGUACGUGGGCCACAAACGCUCUGUAUAUUUUGAUUACAAUGUCCACGAUGGCCAGUGGCACAAUAUGGCCAUCAAUAUUCGAGGCCAGACAGUCACUUUAUUUACUUCUUGUGGGAAGCGCAGAGUACAUGCGGAUUUGCAUUUUAAAAAGGACGAGGCAUUGGAUCCACAUGGAUCUUUCCUCUUUGGGAAGAUGAACCAGCACUCGGUGCAGUUUGAAGGAGCCAUCUGCCAGUUUGAUAUUUAUCCUUCUGCCAAGGCAGCUCAUCAUUACUGUAAAUACCUGAAAAAACAGUGCAGGCAAGCAGAUACCUACCGGCCAAACUUGCCGCCCCUUAUCCCACUCCUGCCGAGGGAUCCCAAUGCCUCCCCGAGUACCCCGCAGCACCUGGACCCCUCGCUUCAGGGUCUGAAAAACCUGACCACUGUGACCCCAUCCUUGGAGCUUAGCAGGGUCACUGCACCCUUGAAGUCUCGGAGUUCAGGUGCAACAACCAUCCCAUCGGUUUCAUCAACGUUGCCACUGCCAAGACCGACCAAGCAAGCCGAUAUCCGGGAUCAAAAGGGGAGAGAGGACCUCAG